AUGGACAUUGCCAUCUUCUGGCGUCGGCGGAAUUAUAAUAAUGCCAAGGCAUUUGAGGCAAGAAUCCACAAGCUGCUACCCUAUCUACCUCGUAUGUUUGUUGCUCUUCCCCUUCCACAGGUAAUAUUACUUACUGACAACUCUUCAAAUCCUGGGGUAUUUUAUUUCCUAUCGACGUUGACUCCGUUACAAUAUGCCCUACGCAUUUACCGCAUCUACGUACUUCUCAAGCGGUUUCCUGGUACAAGAACUGAAAUUGGAAGACAGCUUAAAGCCAUGUUGGAUUUUAUUCCCUUCAUCCUAGUUGCUCAUGUAAGUGUCAAUAUUAUCUUUUUCAGCUAA